GGGCAGAGCUGCUCUCCAUUGAACAAGAACCGGAGAGGCGUCAAACACGCGCAUUGCCUUGCAGCAGCUCAGUUCCUACAGAAGGUGGUUGAUGGUGGUUCGCUGGUGAAAAUCACAGACAUAACCGCUUCCUUACUGACGGUCGUCUAACUACUACGGGAUCAGCUUCCCCCAGACUUCCAGUAGGACCCAUUUUUUCCCAGUUGGAGACCACCUCCACCUAACACACUGAGCAGCUAUGGCAGAUGAUUCGGAUAUGCGCAAUGAGCUGUCGGACAUGCAGCAACGUGCAGACCAGCUGGCCGAUGAGUCACUGGAGAGCACUCGCCGUAUGCUGCAGCUUGUUGAAGAGAGUAAAGAUGCUGGUAUCAGGACUUUGGUUAUGCUGGAUGAACAGGGAGAGCAACUGGAGCGCAUCGAGGAGGGAAUGGACCAAAUCAAUAAGGACAUGAAGGAUGCAGAAAAGAAUUUGAACGAUCUAGGAAAAUUCUGUGGUCUUUGUUCCUGUCCAUGUAACAAAAUGAAGAGCGGAGCAAGCAAGGCAUGGGGAAACAACCAGGAUGGAGUAGUGGCGAGCCAGCCCGCCCGUGUGGUGGAUGAGCGUGAACAGAUGGCCAUCAGUGGAGGCUUCAUCCGCAGGGUAACAGAAGACGCCCGGGAAAAUGAGAUGGAUGAGAACUUAGAGCAGGUGGGAGGCAUCAUCGGUAACCUGCGCCACAUGGCCCUCGAUAUGGGCAACGAGAUUGACACCCAGAACCGCCAGAUCGACAGGAUCAUGGAGAAGGCUGAUUCCAACAAGACCAGGAUUGACGAAGCUAACCAGAGGGCCACAAAGAUGCUCGGCAGUGGCUAAGCCUCUGGUCUGCUUGCUUUUACCAACCGUGCAGUUUGUCAAAAAAAGGCAUUGCGCUUAUCAUGGUAUUUACCUUCUAGGUUUGCACACAUGCACAUAUCACCCGGCCCCCAUUGUAAAUGUCGUUCUAUGUGUCGUCUGUCAGCUUUUUCAAUGAUUGUCCUCGUAAAUGAUUUCUUAAACUCCGUAACAUUCUUUCCAAAGGUUGUAUAUAGUGCUGACUCGAUGGCUCUCGCUCACUUGUGAAGUUUUUAUUGUCUUUAUGACCUAUAUACAUAUAUGUAUACGCUUAUAUAUGUAUACAUAUGUGUGUAUAUAUCACAUUUUUGCUGGAGGAAAUAUAUUAUAGGAAUGCUAUACAAGCUGUCUUUUUUUCAGUAUCUCAGUAUCGUCUUUGUAAAACUGUGUCAAACCACUCGGCUACUGUCAUGCUCCUUAUUUUGAUGUUGUCAUGACAAAUGAAGAAUGGGAAAAAAGAUUUUGCAAAUGAUACCAAUUCUUGCACCUACAAUCAACGUCUUUGGUUCAUAUCCCUCAUCACAACCAUAAUCAGUUACUGUUUAGACAAUGUGAAACUAGAUUCUGUAGCUGUAGUAACAUUGCAUUCCAAGUGUUGUGAAGUGUGCGUUAUGCAUGACAAAUGGUAGAUCUUAGCGUCUUAUAAAUAAAACUUGUUUUAAAAAAGAUUACAAAAAAAUGAAAAUCAUGACAGUAGCAAAAUUGACAAAAGCAUGCUCAGUAUUAGGACACAGUGGAACGUUCCAUAUUACUGCAAGUUUGCAAUAGUGCCACCAUUUCAGUCGAUAUAUAUUCACAGGCUGUGACCUUUUGUUGUAAAAUAAUGCAAAGUGACUUAAAGAGGUAAUGUAACGAGAACGAAACGCGGCGGUGUGGAGGUUCUGCAAAAAUGACUUGUUUUCUAGUAAAAUGAAUAUGCAGCCGGGUGUAGAAAUGUCCUGAAGGGCGGGGACUGGUUGUUUACUGUAUCAUAGGUUUUGGAUGCUCUGAAAAAAAUAAAUAAUAAUUUGCAAUGUAAAGCAAAGACGCUUAUUUCUGAGAGACCUUACUUUUAUAAGACUGUAUCCUGUUAGUUUACUUUCCCCGUGUGGUUUGUUAUUGGUAAAAAAUGAUAAUAAUCCAUGACAAAAAAAUUCAAAAGGGUUUUUGUUGCUUCUGUACCUAGAGCUAUGCACACCAAAUCGCUAUGAUGUUGAAUAGUUAUUAUAAGAAGUCAAAUAAAUACCUUACCUGAAUGACACAUAGGUUAAACUGUGAAAUUGAUGUCCCCAAAGCAUGUAAUAUUAAAUCUCCCUCUGUAUCCUGUCAGUCUGUGAAGUGGUUGACAUUUUGUAGCUAGCUGAAUUGAUUAAAAGUAAUAAACCCCUAA